AUGGCAAAUGCGGCGCGAACACCUAUCAAUGAAGCAACAUUCCUCGCAAAAGCAUUUGCAAGCGCCUUACACCCCACUAGGAUUAUCCCAUUCUAUUACCGGUCAACGGGUCUAGUCGAAGAUGACGACGUAACAAUCACGACGCUUGUGACUGCUAACCGUUUCAAAGUGUUCAAAGAACUUGUGGAACGAUACCAGGGUCCAAUAUCCGUUACGGUUCAUAUACCAUUCCCUGCGGACGCCUCUCUUGCCUCGCUUCCUCUCACGCACCCGUCAGUAACUGCGCUCAAUCGACUGCACACACUCUACACGUCCUCACCAUUCUUCUCAAAAUACGUCGACGUGCAUCUCGCCUUGUCUCCGUUCGCUGCAUCUGCACGCCCUGGGAAGCAUACGGAUUAUGCACAUGCAGAAGAUCAUACUAUGGAGCAAGAAGGUGAGGGCGAGGGUGGCAGGCAGUUUAACGUAUGGCGCAACACAGCUCGGCUGUUCGCACGGACCGAAUUUGUUAUGAUGCUCGACGUCGACUUUGCUGUGUGCACCGACUGGCGCCAGGCGGUGCGUGAUGCUUUGGAGGUCGUCCGCGAACUGAAAGAAGGACGCGCUGCGCUAGUCGUUCCUGCCUUCGAGUACGCUAACCUCGAGGAUGGAAUGGACCAGAGGAAAUUCCCACGAGAUAAAGAGAGUCUGGUGCAAUUGACGCGAGAAUCACCGCCAAGUUUGACUUCGUUCCACGCAGCUUGGGCGCCCGGUCACAAUAGCACAGACUACCCGCAGUACUACUCUAUACCACCUAGCAGUGGCGAAGUCUAUCGUGUCACCCAGUAUCAAAGCGCUUAUGAGCCGUACGUAAUCAUGAGUAAGCGAGUGACCUGGUGCGACGAACGCUUCACCGGCUACGGAGCGAACAAGGCUGCAUGUCUCUUCGAAAUGUAUCUCAGUGGGGUCUCGUUCUACGUCCUCGCGGAUCAUUUCUUGAUACACCAGAGCCACACAUACGAGGAAGAGGCCCGGCGCGAAGAGAGGAAAUACAACAGGAAGCUCUACUCAGACUUCAAGGAAGAGGCGUGUCUGCGGUAA